AUGUCCCAUCGGGAUGUCUCUCCAGCAGCUUCCGAGAAUGAGGUCGACAUCUCAAAUUUGCUUUUUAAAGGGGACGAGGACGCCUCCGACUUGGAAACGCCCCCCAAAAUGUCAAAGCCGCAGCAAAACUUGGAUCUUGAUAUGAUGGGCGACACUGAUGGUGACGCAGCUUUUAUCGCGGCCCGACAAGCAGCGGCAAAUCGAAAGGCGGCAAAUCUGAUAGGCCGAACUGUGAAAAAGGGUGGAGGUUUCCAGUCCAUGGGGCUCAAUGCGACUCUUCUCAAAGCCAUCGCACGGAAAGGCUUCUCUGUUCCGACCCCCAUUCAACGCAAAACUAUUCCACUUCUCUUAGAUGACCAGGAUGUUGUGGGAAUGGCGAGGACUGGAUCAGGCAAAACUGCAGCAUUUGUGAUUCCCAUGAUUGAGAAGCUAAAAUCCCACAGUGCAAAAUUUGGGGCUAGGGCGUUGAUUAUGUCACCCUCUAGAGAAUUGGCACUGCAGACACUCAAGGUCGUGAAGGAAUUGGGUCGUGGAACGGACUUGAAGUGCGUUCUCUUGGUUGGAGGUGAUAGCCUCGAAGAGCAGUUUGAAUAUAUGUCAGGGAACCCUGAUAUAAUAAUUGCCACCCCUGGACGAUUUCUUCAUUUGAAAGUAGAAAUGUCGCUGGACUUGUCUAGUAUUCGCUAUGUCGUUUUCGAUGAAGCGGACAGGCUUUUUGAGAUGGGCUUUUCAGCGCAGUUAACAGAGAUUCUUCACGUCCUACCUUCUUCACGGCAAACCCUACUCUUUUCUGCAACCCUGCCGAAAUCUUUGGUGGAAUUUGCUCGAGCAGGUCUCCAAGAGCCAACCCUGAUCCGCCUGGAUGCAGAGAGCAAAAUUUCCCCGGACCUUCAAAAUGGAUUCUUUUCAAUAAAGUCGUCUGAGAAGGAGGGCGCUCUAUUACAUCUUCUUCACGAUAUUAUCAAAAUUCCUACGGGGGAAACUGAAGCUGGUAAAAGGACAAAAGAAGAGUUACAUAACCCGAAGAAACGAAAACGAUCCGAUACCGUGCUAAAGUCGCAUAAAGAAUCGCCCACUGAACAUUCUACAAUUAUAUUCACAGCCACAAAACAUCACGUGGAUUAUCUAACGUCAGUACUUCGCCAGUCUGGCUUUGCAGUUUCAUAUGCAUAUGGCUCAUUAGACCAAACAGCUCGCAAAAUCGAGGUCCAAAAUUUCCGUUGCGGAAUUACCCAUAUCCUUGUUGUGACUGAUGUUGCAGCCCGCGGUAUUGAUAUCCCUAUUCUUUCUAAUGUAAUUAACUACGAUUUCCCUUCACAAUCUAAAAUCUUUGUCCACCGUGUGGGACGGACCGCCCGAGCGGGCAGGACUGGUUGGAGUUACAGUCUUAUCCGAGAGUCCGAUGCUCCGUAUUUACUCGACCUCCAACUCUUCCUUGGUCGACCACUCAUUCUAGGAAGAGCCUCGAGCCAACCAGUCAACUAUGCCGAGGAUGUUGUUGUUGGUAGUUUACAGGGAGAUCAGGUUUCCCGCUAUUGUGAAUGGGUGUCCAAACUUCUAGAUGAGGACGUUGAUGUUGCAUUACAGCGCGAAGUCGCCAUGAAGGGUGAGAAGUUAUACAUGAGAACACGAAAUUCAGCCUCCAGCGAAAGCGCUAAGCGGGCAAAGGAGCUGGUUGGCUCGGACGAGUGGAUGAUGGUGCAUCCCUUGUUCAAUGACGAAUCUAGCCGGAUAGAAGAGGAAAGGGAGAAGAUGCUUGCUCGACUGGGAGGUUAUAAACCGCAAGAAACAAUAUUUGAAAUUGGUGGCAGGCGAGGCGGUAAAAAGGGAAACGACGAGGCAAUUGAGAUGAUGAGGAAGAUGAGGUUAACAUUCGAAUCUAAGAGGGCACGAAAGGAGACCGGACAAAAACUUUCAAAUUUAACCGAUGAAUCAGGGGUAGUCGAUUGUCAACAAAAUGAUGAUAAUGAGGGAGAUGAGUUGGCUGAUUUUGAUGGCGAUGAUGAUAACGUGGGUAAUGCCGACAUGUCGCUGGCAUCUGAUUCAGAACUGGAAGUCACCUUCUCCUAUCCCCAGUCUAGCAAAUCGAAGUCAAAAAAGGCCGCCAAUAAUCCAACGCUUGGAGACUCCUUUCAGAACCCAGAGUACUUCAUGUCAUACACUCCUGCAUCCAACUCUCUGGUUGAGGAUCGUGCAUACGGCGUCCAUUCCGGCUCGAACACCAAUUUCGUUGAAGCCUCACGCAGCGCUACCAUGGAUCUUGCGGGCGAUGAAAGUGCCUCACGCGGUUUUGGAGAACCGCGAUCAAUCAUGCGCUGGGAUAAGCGCCAAAAAAAAUAUGUAUCUCGCCGGAACGACGAGGAUGGAUCCAAAGGAGGUAAAAGAGACCUCCUUGUCCGUGGUGAGAGUGGAACCAAAAUUGCCGCAAGUUUCCGUAGUGGAAGAUUUGAUGCGUGGAAGAAAGGGAAACGGAUUGGUCACAUGCCAAGGGUCGGGGAGGCAGAAGCCCCUGGUUUUGGUUCUGGAGCACCUGGAGAGAAAAAAUAUAGACACCGCAAGGAUCAGGCUCCCAAGGCUCCCGACAAGUUUAGGGAUGAUUACGAAAAGAAAAAGAAGAAGGUUAAGGCCGCUAAACAGCGUGAGAUGGAGAAGGCUUUUGAUCCUUCGUCUAACGCUAAAGGGAGUGGUAAAGUUCACGGCAAGAGUGAGCUUAAGAAUGUCGAAGAUGUGAGGAAAGCGAGAAAAUUGAAGGAAAAGAGAAGGGAGAAGAAUGCCCGACCCACAAAGAAGGGUAAGGGGAGGUAG